CUCACCGUUGUCUUUCAACAUGAAAUGUUACCUUAUCCCUUCCACCCGAAAUCUAUUCUUUGUAAAUUGCAAAUUCUAGUCCGUUACAGCAAACAAAGGUGAAAGUGUAGAACCGAGGCAAUUCUGUCUGCAUCCGGUCCCAAGGAAAAUACCAAUUCUUCAUUUCUAGGGUUAGGGUUUGGCUUUCAGAAUUCUGUUAAUCCAUCCAUUCAUCACUGAUCUAUAUUAUUGCAACCUUUCCGGUAUCGUUUUCACCGUCCGAUCAACCCCGGUUCAUGCAACAUAUGAUCUCUGUUUCUUCUGGAAAAGUCAAUCCGUUUGUUUCUGUCAGUUUCUUCGUUUAAUCGCGUUUCAUGUUCAAUCUCAAGGCUUUGUCCAUCAUUUCUAAGAAAAUUUAGGGUUUUUUUUGCGAUGAUGUGAAAAGAUUUCGUUUUGUUGUUUUAAUCUAUCAUUCUGUCAAUUGAUCUUGUUUAUUGUUCUCUAUUGUGUUAUUAGGGUUUGCUAUUACUACUUUUUAUUUUUGUGUGAUUGUUUUCAAUUCGGGCUUGUAUAUUAUGUAUAUUGAGGAAUUGGAAGGAGGAGAGAAGGCGGAGGUUGUCGUGGAAAGUGGAGAAGAAGAAACUUUAAACACUUGUGGAGAAAACGUCGUUGUCUCCGUUGGUAGUGAAAUUAAGGGAGGAAGCGUUGUUGUUUCUGUGACGAAGAGGGUUUUGGUUGGUGCAGGAGCUCGUGCACUGUUUUACCCGACUCUGCUUUACAAUGUUGUUAGGAACAAGUUUCAGGCCGAGUUCCGAUGGUGGGAUCGUGUUGGUGAGUUUCUACUGUUAGGAGCUGUUCCAUUUCCUGUUGAUGUACCAUGCCUAAAGGGUCUUGGUGUUGGCGGAGUGGUCACGCUAAACGAACCAUAUGAGACUUUAGUUCCAACAUCCCUGUAUCAUGCCCAUGGUAUUGACCAUUUGGUGAUCCCAACAAGAGACUACUGCUUUGCACCAUCGUUGAGUGACAUAUCUCAAGCUGUGGACUUUAUUCAUGAAAAUACAUUAAGGCGGCAAACAACAUAUGUUCACUGUAAAGCUGGUCGGGGACGAAGCACAACCAUUGUAAUCUGUUACCUGGUGCAUCACAAGCAAAUGACACCAGAUGAUGCAUAUGAUUAUGUGAAAUCCGUAAGGCCAAGGGUACUUUUAGCUUCUGCUCAGUGGCAGGCUGUUCUAGAAUACUACCACCUGAGAGCGAAUAAGGCCUGUGUAUAUAGACACAUGGUUGACCAGGUCAUGAGAGCUCCGCGUUCAAUGAGUGCUCAAGAACUUGUGGCAUUUGAUGAUAACUCUGUGGUCAUUGUAGCAGAAUCAGAUCUUGAUGGAUAUGACGCGAGCCUUGUUUCGGGUGAUGUUAGGAGUGAGAUAUGGGCAGAUCUGAGUGUGGUCUACCGAGUUCGAGUUGCUGGUCAAGCAGCUCUGGCUAGGAUCUCAUGCAUGUUGUUUCGGUGCCACAGCCAGCAGAAGAUCCCAGGAAAUAAAUUGGGCCGGGUGAGCAGCUGCUCAAUAAGUGCUGAUCACCUUGGAGGUAUUAGUGUAGACAUUCAUGUCUACCAAAGCUGACAGCAGCUGCGUGUAAAAUUGUUUUACAAGUUUUCUGUCAUUUAAUUUCCUUCCAGUAUAUAAAGUGGAAAUAAUGUUCCUAUAGGCACCAGUGCAACUGUGUUUUUCCCCUGUAAAUUGCGUCAAGCUUACGGGUUAAAUGGAAAGAAAUUGAGUCA